GCUGUGCCGCCACCACCACUGAUCCACCAUGUCGAACCGCAACGUGCAGGCGAAGAAUCGCGCUCCGGCGUCGAUCCAGAUCACCGCGGAGCAGAUCCUGCGAGAGGCAAAGGACCGGCAGCUGGAUGUCGAGGUCAAGGCUCCACGGCAGCAGAUCACGGAUGAGGAGGAGCUGCGCGUCUUCCGGAUGCGGAAGCGGAAGGAGCGAGAGCACAUCGGCAACUGGUUGAAGUACUCGACGUGGGAGGAGUCACAGAUGGAGUUCGAGCGUGCGCGGAGCGUCUACGAGCGCUCCCUGGAGGUUGACUACCGCAAUCAGGGGGAGUUGGACGACAGCGUCCUUCUUCUGAAGUGGAGCAACUGGUUUUAUGCCCCCCCUGGCCCCCCCUCCGCCGUCUUCUUCCUCCCACCGCGAUCUCUCGGUAAGACGAUCUGGCUGCGCUACGCCGAGUUCGAGAUGAGGUGCAAGUUCCCUAACCAUGCCCGCAACGUGUGGGACCGGGCGGUCGCCCUGCUGCCGAGGGUGGACCAGUUCUGGUACAAGUACAGCUACAUGGAGGAAAUGCUGGGAAACCCGGCGAAGGCUCGAGCAAUCUUCGAGAGGUGGAUGGAGUGGGAGCCGGAGGACAACGCGUGGAGCGCGUACGUGAAGUUCGAGAUGCGCCAGGAGGAGCCGGCCAAGGCCAGGUCUGUCUUCCAGCGCUACGUGGAGGCGCACCCACACUCUCGCGCGUUCCUGAAGUGGGCGCGAUGGGAGGACAAGCAGUCGCAGUACGCGCUCGCGCGGGGGGUGUACGAGCGAGCGCUUGCCGAGCUGCCCGAUUCCGAGAAGACUGAGAAGCUCUUCAGCGCGUUCGCCCACUUCGAGGAGCGUUGCAAGGAGUUCGACCGCGCCCGGGAGCAAGUCCCCGAGCUUUACCGCGACUUCAUCGGCUUCGAGAAGCGCCACGGAUCCGUUCAGGGCAUCGAGGAGGUGAUCAUGAACAACAGGAGGCUGCAGUACGAGGAGCGCGCUUCGGCGUCCCCCCUGGACUACGACAACUGGUUCGACUACCUCAGGCUGGAGGAGUCCACCGGCGACCUUGACCGCACUCGAGAGGCAAGAAUGGAGUAUUUGGAAGGAGGCGGAGAACCAGAUCUAGCAACAGAGCUAAGGGUGGCGAGGGGGGGGUAUAGAGAAAAACGGGCGAGGAGGGUCUACGAGCGCGCCAUCGCCAACGUCCCGCCAGUGUUGGAGAAGCGAUUCUGGAGGCGCUACAUUUACCUCUGGAUCAACUAUGCCCUAUUUGAAGAGCUACAGGCGGAGGACGCACAGCGGACUCGCGAGUCGGAUGCCGAGGUAGAUGUUGUACCGCACAAGUCCUUCACCUUCGCCAAGAUCUGGCUCAUGCUGGCCAAGUUCGAGGUGCGCCACAAGGACCUGCAGGCUGCGAGGAAGGUGCUCGGACAGGCAAUCGGCAUGUGCCCAAAGGAGAAGCUGUUCAAGGGCAAGUGCCUGGAGGCCUUUCCAAGCGACUGCGGGGUGUGGGCGCAGUUCGCGGCCCUGGAAGGGUCUGUCGGAGAGACGGAGCGGUCCCGCGCCGUGUUCGAGCUGGCCAUUCGCCAGCCCGUGUUGGACAUGCCCGAGACUCUCUGGAAAGCCUACAUUGACUUUGAGGUGGGGACGGGGGUGGGGCUGGGUGGAGCGGAGAACGGCGAGACGGAGCGAGCGAGGCAGCUUUUCGAAAGGCUACUCGAGCGCACUCAGCAUGUCAAGGUGUGGAUAAGCUACGCGCAGUACGAGGCUAAGACGGAGCUAGACACGGCGAGAGCUGUCUUUCGCCGCGGCUACGACCACCUCCGCAGGCAGGGGCUAAAGGAAGAGAGAGUCAAGCUCCUAGAGGCGUGGCGAGCAGCCGAAAAAGCGGAGGACAAGGGCAAGACGAGGGGACUCAAGGAAGUGGAGAGCAAGAUGCCGCGCAAGUUCAAGAAGCGGAGAAUGAUGACCGGCACCGACGGGGAAGGGAUGGGGUGGGAAGAGUACUACGACUACCAGUUCCCGGACGACGAGACGAAGCCGGCGAACCUCAAGAUCCUCGAAAUGGCCCAAAAGUGGAAGCAGAAGAAGGGCGCCGGCGAAGAUGGCCUCGCGGGAUUCAAGCUUGGCGGAGGCGGCGGGGCUGAAGGGGGUGAGGAGGGCGGCAUGGUAGGCACCAAGCGCAAGUUGGAGGGGGGGGGAGUCGAAGAUGAGGAGAUUCAACUCGAGGAGGAGGAGAAGGAGGAGGAGGAGGAGGAGGAGGAGGCACCUGGGGGAGGAAAGGAACCCGAGCUGAGCAAAAGAAAACUUAACAGCAGCCACGAGGAAGAGGAGGAGGAAGAGGAGGGGGGCGAGGAGAGAGGCGAGGGUGACGGGGCGGAGAGAGGGGAGCCGGCAGAGGCUUCGUAGAAGCGAUGCCGGGGAAGGAGAGGUAUCCGCCGCAGAACCGUUAGAAAUGGGUUUGCGGGUUGGCGGCGUUCCUACUCGGAAGACAGCAGAAAGUUAAAGUUAUCAAGAGAAUGUGCGGUUUCGCAAGAUGGUGUUCUUCUUGCCGUGGUGACGGAUCUGCCUUAUGUCACGCGCGUACGCUAGUAUCUUCCUGCGUCAACCUACUUCGUCGUUUGCGGCUGUGGCAUGCAGUUGCUUAAGAGCGGUUGACGUGUCUUGCCCCUGCGUCGGAAUAGGGCCGGUGGCUGGGCAGGACAGGGAAAAGACUCUCCGUUGUAUCUACGGCAGCUACGGAAGUAGUUGGUUUUACCGUGUUUCGUGCUCUUUUUGGGGGAUGGGGGAAGUUAGCUGCUUGAUACAAGUGGCGUGCUUGCGUGUGCCGUGAAAUGUGCGGGUAUUGUGGGUCUCGACCGACUACCGUAUGGAACCCGGCGCCCCUACUGUACCAGUGUUCGAGCCUACGGAAUAUUUUUGAGGCUACGUACGCAUACGCAUACAAAUCCGUGCACACUGUUGAAAAUCCCAAAAUGUUGAGGAAAACAAACCACCCAGACCACAGACACACAUAAACGCCGUGUUGUGGCCACUGGUAUCGGUUUCUCCCACAGACUGACGCUCGCGAGACCGGGAGAAAGUGCUAGAAAAUUGUAGCCUGAGGUGCUCACGAAAGAAGUACACUUCUAAGUGGAAACCUGCGUGCGUCGUGUUUGGUAAUCAUUUUCGUCGUUGACAAGGAAGUGUACGUUGGGCAACAAUAAUCUGGACGGAGUUGUGAGAGAAAGUCAUGAGGGCAGUGCUGUUGUUGGUCAUGUUCUAGCCGUUGUGUUCGUGAGAGGGCGACGAAAGAAAGUAGAACGAAAGCUUGGACGAUUGUUUGUUGGCCGUUCAAGCUUUGCUUUUGGUGGUGGGGUGUACGGAGAGAGAAAAUGAACAGAAACGAAAUGUAUGCGAACCCAAGUGAAACAAUUAAUAAGUGUUCCGUGUGUGUGCAUCAGAGGCGCCUAGUACGU